AUGGGCUGCACGCACUCCAAAGAGCAUUCGACGGCGAACAAGCCACCAGCUGUCGGAAUCCUGCGCUGCCACGGGGCGCGGUGGAUGCCGGCGCAGGCAGUGGUGGGCACCAACUCGUACCUGUUUCGCACGGUGCAUGCCGAGGUGAAGGGUCUUCGCUACCUAGACGUUCGAGCGGGUAAGGAGCUGUCGGUGUCGCAGAAGAAGGCGCUGAAGGAAGCUGUCAAGGAGCUCGACGCGGAGGGCGUUGUCGCAAUCACCGGAGACUGCGGGUCUUUCGUCCACUACCAAACGGCGGUGCGGAGGAUGACCAAGACACCAGCCGUGCUGUCGCCGCUGUUGCAGGCCCCGCUGCUCGCGACAAUGUACAUGAAGGAGGAGACCAUACUCGUCCUAACGAACGACAGCAGCGACUACGACCAGGCUGCGCUUGAAAGCAACCUUGUCGAGAUUGGGCUGUCCCAGGAGGACGCGGAACGCUUCGUCAUCCAGGGUCUGCAGCACAUCGAAGGGUUUUCCACUUCGGAGGUUGCGGAUAUGAGCGACGAGCGAACAUGGGCCAUGGUCGACACCUCCGAGAGGCUCCGCUUGGAGAUUAUGAGCACCAUUGAGGCCGCGAAGAAGGCCAACCCAUCCUUGCGCGCCAUUCUGCUCGAGUCGACGCUGCUACCCUCCUUUAGCGACUCGAUGCGCCAGACGCGCGGCGUUCCUGUUUUUGAUGCAAUCACGCUCGCAGACUACCUUGCGGCAGCGUCGACCGACAACCCUCGCUUCGGCAGCAACAUCGACGCCAGCGUGUGGUCCUCUGCAAUGGAGCGCGCCAAUGUGAUGGACGAGCUGUCCCAGAGGGCCACCCCAGCCAUCGGCAUCCUCCGCAUCGACUACUCGUAUCCCCCGGCGCCCGGCGACGUCGACUACCCCGGGUCCUACUACUAUCGCACAGUGCAGGAGGUGGCCGCCGGCCUCACCUUUGAGGCGGCGCAGGAAGGAAGGCCGCUGACCGCGCAGCAGCGCGAGGCGAUGGAGGGUGCGAUCCGGAGGCUCGAGGCGGCGAAGGGCGUCGUGGGAAUAACGGGCGACUGUGGGUUCCUCAUGAACUACCAGGUGGAUGCGCGACGCAUGUCCCACCUGCCGUGCUUCAUCUCGGCCAUGAUGCAGUGCCACAUGCUCGCCGCCUCCUUCGCCGCCGACGAGGAGUUCCUCGUCCUCACCGCCAACGGCAAGUCGCUCGCGCCAAAAUUCGGCGAGAUGCUCUCGCUUGCACACGUCACUAGGCCAGAGGACCAGGCGCGCUUCCACAUCCUCGGCUGCGAGGACGUGGACGGCUUCGACGCAGUCGCCAAGGGAGAGGCGGUCGACGUCGCGCGCGUCACGCCGGGCAUCGUGGCCCUCGCCAAGGCGGCGGCGGCGAGGAGGCCGAAGGUGCGCGCAGUCUUGCUCGAGUGCACCGAACUCCCGCCGUACGCCGACGCGCUGCGGCACGCGCUCCGCAUCCCAGUGCUCGACGCCAUCACGCUGGUUGAUUUUGUGCACUCCGCGAGCACCGACAACCCCGCCUUUGGCGUCGACUUCCAGAAGAGCUCAAAGGUCUUUGUCUGA